AUGUCUUCGUUGAAAAGAGUAUCCACUUACCAUUCUGUAGACUUUGAUCCUCAAGAUGGAGAUUCCCUUGCUCCUGUCGUUCCAGCCAAUUCUCACUCGACCUCAUCGGCCACAAAGUCUCCUUCCAUAGCCAGGAGAAUAUCUUCCACUCAUUCGCUCCUGGCCACAAACAAUGGAUUGAACACGCAAAAAGCUUCUCAAGCAGAGGCCAAUGUUUUCACUACAGCAAAGGCAAACAUAAGCAUGCCACCACCACUUAGGAAGCCUUCGAAUGAUAGACGCCUUUCUGCUUCUUUGGCUUCUGCUACUCAUCGACCACCUCCUCGUCCGGACCACGCCACAGCCCCAGCUGCUGAGAAUCCUAUGAGCAGUCCACCUGCUUCUGCUAAGAGUACCGACGACCGUCUUCAUUUGCGAACCUCUCCACAGCUUUCUACCACCGCUACGAGUGCCACCAAUAUUACGACCAGAUCUGCCAACGAUAUGUCGGGUCAGGUGCUGUCACCACCCCUGGAUUCUGCCACUGUUUCUGACAUGUCGAGUCUGCUGACUUCUCCUCCUGUUGACCCUACUCCAACGGAGGAAGGCACUAGGCCCACACCGCUGGCUCGUGGAGAGAGUACAGCUGCUGUCGGCUCCGUCCUAUUUCCGGACGUUCCAAAAAAUGCCAAGAUAGAUGAGCUACGGAAUGGAAGUGCUCUUUCUGCACGAUCGCCACGAGCAUCAGUUCCUCGAUCCAAUUCCACCAGACGUCUGAGUAGGACUACCUCAAACAACAAUAGUAUUGAUGAGGCUAGAUCUCUCAUUGGCAAGAUCGGCGUCUGCGCCUUGGACGUCAAGGCUCGUAGUCGGCCUAGUCGUCAAAUUUUGACCCGUCUGCAGGACAACGACGAGUUUGAGGUCAUUAUCUUUGGCGACAAAGUUAUCAACGACGAAGGCAAGCAUUGCUCUAAUUUCUAUCAUGCUGUCAUAUUGCUAACACUUUCCCUCCAGAGGUCGAGAAUUGGCCUAUAUGAUAAAGCUGUCAAAUACGCCAAGCUGCGGAAGCCAUUUUUGGUCAACGACCUACAAAUGCAGAAAAUCCUUUGGGACCGACGAUUGUGCCUCAUGAUACUCGACAAGCUGCGUGUGCCCACUCCAUGGCGUGUAGAAGUUGUCAGGGACGGGGGUCCAAAACUAGAAUCUGCUGACCUCGCUCGACAUUUCAAGCAAAUAAGCGGAGUCUCCUUGUCUGGUGAAGACGGCACUGGUGGCGAUCUACCCAGCACCAAAUCCGUCGAGCUCAUCGAGGACGGCGACGCCUUGCUCAUCGACGGACAGAUCAUCAGAAAACCUUUUGUUGAGAAGCCAGUUAGUGGUGAAGAUCACAACAUCGUCAUAUACUUCCCUAGAAAACAGGAUGGUGGUGGUGCUCGCAAACUGUUCCGCAAAAUAGGCAACAAGUCAUCCGAAUAUGUCAAAGAUCUCAUCGUUCCCAGGUGUGUUACUGAGACAGAUACAAGCUAUAUCUAUGAACAAUUCCUGAUCGUCGAAAAUGCGGAGGAUGUGAAGGCAUACACAGUCGGUCCUUCAUACUGUCAUGCCGAGACUCGCAAAUCUCCCGUUGUCGAUGGUGUUGUUCGCAGAAAUACACAUGGCAAGGAGUUACGUUAUGUCACGAAACUUACCGAUGCCGAACAACAAAUGGCCGCCCGAAUUGCUAAGGGGUUUGGUCAGCGGAUCUGUGGUUUCGACCUGCUCAGAACACGAUCGGAAAGCUAUGUCAUCGACGUCAACGGCUGGAGCUUCGUCAAAGACAACGAGGAUUACUACAAUGAUUGUGCUAGAAUUCUGAAGUCCAUGUUCUCGGAGUGGAAGUUCAAUAAGGCAGGAACAGUUACUGAAGAAGUUUCUCCUGCAGAAACGCCUGAAGAUCGUCACGGAAAGAAAGAGCAUGCACACCGCAGUGCUCUGAAGACGAUCCUCAAAAGUCCUAGCAUGAACAGGCUCUCUCAGCUCGGCCAUUCUCGACAUCACCCCGAGCCUGUCAAUGGCGCGGGCUCGCAAAAGUUGGAAGUCGUUGCACAGACUUCGCCUCCACUAUUGGAUCGAGGUCACUUCCAGAGCCUACCACCUCCCGCCAAGUCGAUUUCACAAGAUUUGCCUGCACCUAUUCUGAGUCCUGAAACUCGCAAGAGUGAGUCUGCAGUGGAUGUCCAGGACAAGGAAGACGAACAGUCAGUUCCCUUACCUAGCUCUAGGCACUCCUGGAAAUUGAAAGGAGUGGUUGCUGUUAUCAGACAUGCUGAUCGUACACCAAAACAGAAGAUCAAAUUUACGGCGCAUUCACCGGUUUUUGUCGACCUGUUAAAAGGUCAUCAUGAAGAGGUGCUGCUUAAGGGCGAGACUGCUUUGUUGAGCGUGCAGGCAGCUGUGAGGACAGCUAUUGAGCAAAAAAGCGAGGACAUGGAAAAACUGAGGAACUUGUCAAAUGCUCUGAGCAGGAAGAUAGGACAACCAGAUACAAAAGUGCAAAUAAAGCCCAUGUUCAAAAAGCGAAAGCACGAGAAGAACGACAACGAUCCACAGCUGCACAAGACGACAAACGAAGAGACGAUUCCCGAACACGCGGCCGUACAAUCUUCGACCACUCUAUCGGAGCCCACAAAGGCUGAAAAUCCUGACAGCAAUAACCAGCCGGAUGCUGUUCAAAGGGUCCCGACCAGGCACGAUUCGAUCUCCGAUAACAUGUUUUCCAGGUAUGCUGCAAAGGAAGAAGAUCUGAUGAUAGACAAAAUGCAGCUGGUGAUGAAGUGGGGCGGCGAACCUACACAUUCGGCGCGUUAUCAGUCUCAGGAUUUAGGUGCAUACAUGCGCGAUGAUUGGAAACUUUUGAACCGAGAUGUUCUCAAUGAUGUGAGAUUGUUCACCAGCUCAGAGAAAAGAGUAAAGACAAGCGCACAGAUAUGGGCUGCUGCAUUCUUGGGACAGCAGGAUGUACCCGACGAAGCUAUUCAAGUUCGAAAAGAUCUCCUUGACGACUCGAAUGCUGCCAAAGAUGUCAUGGAUAAGGUCAAGAAAAAGCUGAAGCAUCUGUUGAGGGAAAACACGUCGCCACCUGAGGACUUUGCGUGGCCUGAGGACGUUCCUGAACCAUAUCUUGUGAUGCAAAAUGUGGUUGAGCUACUAAAGUUCCAUCGUCGUGUGAUGCGACACAACUUCAAGAAGCUCCAGGGUUCUGCAGCAGCGUCGCUCGCAGCGUCUUUGAGCUCGUCGCUCGACUCAGAAAAGAUUAGCACACCAGAACAAGUGGACAUAUCCUCGAUUCAGGCUAGAUGGUGUACUGGCGAAGAUGCCGAGCUCUUCAAGGAGCGAUGGGAAAAGCUUUUCAAGGAAUUCUGUGACCAUGAGAAGGCUGAUCCCAGCAAAGUAUCCGAACUCUACGACACGAUGAAAUACGAUGCCCUGCACAACAAACCAUUCUUAGAAUGGGUUUUUACCCCUAGUCAAUCUAUCAUCGAUGAAAUUAACCGAGAAGAGGGUGUUGUCUCACAGAACAUCUCUCCCGACAAUGAGCACGUUGAAGAUGCUUCCAAUCAGCACACGAACCAUCGCGAGAGCUCUGCUUCCUCUACCAAUUUGCACGAGAAACACUCUCUAUCUCAGAAGAUGGGCUUCAGAAAGAAGUCUGUGCUCAGCAAACCUCCUUCUACACCCCCAUUGAUGAGCUACGAACAGGAUGCAACCUAUUUCAAGCUCUUCACAGGUACAGGUGAGACGAAGAUGAAGCAAGACAAGCGACUUGGUCGACUUCGUGAGCUCUAUCGUUAUGCGAAAGUCCUAUUCGACUAUAUCGGUCCACAAGAGUAUGGUAUAUCCAAUGAUGAGAAGCUCGAGAUAGGUCUAUUGACCUCACUUCCUCUUCUGAGAGAGAUUGUGCAGGACCUCGAAGAAUUGCAAGCCUCGUCAAAUUCGGCCUCCUUCAUCUACUUCACAAAAGAAUCUCACGUCUACACUCUUCUCAACUGCAUCAUGGAAGGCGGUAUACAUACCAAGAUCAAGCGCGCCACCAUACCUGAGCUCGAUUAUCUUUCACAAAUAUGCUUCGAACUCUACGAAGCAAAAGACGCCGAAACAGAAGAGACAGCCUAUUCCAUCCGUAUCUCCAUCUCUCCUGGUUGUCAUACCAUCGACCCUCUCGAUGUCUCCCUCGACUCAAAACACGCCAUAGGAACUGCGCCACGAAGGUCUCUGACUAAUCACCAGGACUGGCGCGACGUCAUUUCGACGCUGAAAGCUAAGUUUGAUACUGUCCAACUUCCCAAGAGUUUUCUAGCUGUCAAUGUGAGCGAAAAACAUGAGCAGGAGGCCCGCAGAGCUAGUGAGAUUGCAGAAAAGGAGAGGAAAGAGGCGUUGCAGGAGACCUUGGAAGCAGAAAGGGUAGAGGAGUGGAAGAAAGGAGUGGCAGAGAGUUCAGCCGUUAUAGUGGCCACACCAGAUGAGAUAGAACAGCGUCUGGGCGACGGGAAGAUCGUGGAAGGCGAGAUUAGGAAUCUAGGGACAGGCUGA